UUCUAUCUAUCUGACUUUAUAUAAAUAAUAAUAGUAAUAAUGGCUGGAGGAAUUCAACAACCUUUUCGGCUUGGUUUUCAGGCAGACCUCUUGCACUCGGGUUCAAUCUCGUUUGGAAGAUUUGAAUCCGAAUCAUUAUCAUGGGAAAGAAGAUCAUCUUUUUCACACAAUCGAUAUCUUGAAGAUGUUGAGAAGUGUUCAAAACCGGGUUCUGUUACCGAAAUGAAAGCUUAUUUCGAGGCUCAUUUUAGAAGGAAAGCUCUUCAGAAGAAAAGUUCAUCUGAAAGCCAAGAUGGGAAAGAGUUCCAAAUAAUCAAAAAUGAUGACCCGCAGGAUUUACGAGACUUGCAGAAUGGCAACGAUAUCAAGCAUUUUACGUUCUCUGAUGAGAGUCCUUGUAGUUCUGGCCACUCCAAACACGAUGAAGAAAUGGAUAUUCAGAAACGUGCAAAGGAAAAUGUUGAAACUUUAUGUUCUGAGAAUGGCAAUGCAAGCUGCGAUGUUACAAAUUUUGAUGUAAGCCUACAUGGUCAUACAGAAAGUAGUUCAGAACAUCUUGAGCUCAAAGAAACUGAGAAUGUUGUUUUGGUUAAAAGUGAGGUACAUAUUGAAGAAGCCAUUAAUGAGAAGGACGAUGAUAGUGGUAAUUCUGCAUCUCAACAAACAUUUUUUUCCAAGGUAAGGCCUACUUCAGAAACGAAACAAUCAAAGUCAAAACUGAAGGCUCAUAUCAAAUCUGCUCAAGCUCAACGAAGCAUUUCUGGUGAAGCAUCCUAUGGCUCAGGUAAAACCAAAACAAGGGAAAUCAAAGGUUUACUCAUUAAGGAGAAAGAAAAGCAGUCACCUCGACCUGCUAGCCCCAUUCCUAAUUUUGGAAGAAGAGCUACGAAAUUAGAGGAAUCAAGUAUGAGUUUUCCGAAAGCAAAAGCAAUUCCCAUAAAUAAAAGCAUUGUUAAAGAAUAUAGAUCAGGGAAAACAUCGGAAGUGAAGUCUCUUCCCGCAGCACAUCAAAACGUCAACAGGACUAAACAUGCUGUUACUACUCAGAGUCAACUAUACACCAAUCAGAAUGCUGCAGGUUUCAUUUAUAAAAGUGAUCAACGAGCAGAAAGGCAGAAAGAGAUAAAAAGGGCCGCUGAGAUGACACAAAGUCGAAAAAGUGUCAACUUUAAAGCAACACCAAUGCCUUCUUUCUACAAAGCAUCUUCUCGUUCCUCAGAUGAAAACAAAGUUAUAUCCACUAACAAGACACCAAGUAGACCAAGAACAGGUUCAAUAACUCCACACACGAUCAAAUAUCUAUCGAAUUCUAAUGCCUCAUUAAAUCCAAAACCAGGUUCUUCUAUUUCUUUAACCAACAAAACCCGUCCUUUAGAAUCCCCCAGGAGCGUACAUAACAAGAAAAAAGAAUCAGAGUUCACAACAACAAAUAGGACCACGGGCUAGAGACACUAUAAGGAGAAAUGGUCCAAAAGUGGGUUAUAUAGCCUUGAGUGUUGCCUCUUGAGCGUGUUGUUGCUGUCUUGUUCAUGUUGGUUACUGUAGUAGUUGUUGGUGAAGGAAUAAAGCUGUGGGAAGACGUAUGUCUCAUGGUGGAUUAGAUUAGGAAAGUAUGUAAGUACCCUUCAUAUGGGAAUUAGUUGACUAGCUAAAAUGGUUUCGACCUCCCUUAUUGUAUACAAACUUGCAAAAGUUACGAGAUAAAUCCAAAUGUUACGUAUAUUUAGGGAUGUGCA